GUGGUGCGCGCAGAACACGUACGCUUAAAUACACUUGUCUUUUUACCACUUCUCAGUUUCAAGUUCAAAAUGACUAUCUACUAUUCUCUUACUUUCCUCCUUUUGGCGGCUGAAAUGGUGACUUUCACUGGGCUAGUGAUACCUUUCCCCUUCGUUGUCCGCAAACGCGUCUUCACUUUCCUCUCUCAAAGCCCUAUAGUGGCUAAAGUUGCAUACGGGAUAAAAAUCAGCUUCAUAUUUGUCGGGAUUCUAUUCUUCGAUGCUUUACAACGCAUGUUCCGUAUCACUGCAGAAUCGGAUCUGGCUAAAACCCAACCGUCGGUCGGAGAUCUCAGGACAGAAACUAGUUUUGCUGCGAGAAAAUUCUACGCUCAGAGGAACGUGUAUCUUACUGGCUUCACACUAUUCCUCUCGCUUGUCCUCACACGCACCUUUGCCAUAAACCUCGAUCUCAUUCACACCCAGGAAGAAUACGCCAAACUGAAGAAGGCUAGCCCAUCCAGUGAUUCAGAUGCUGGAAAGAAGGCUCGUGAAUACGACGCGCUCAAGGCCAAGUUCGAUUCUCAGUCUAAAGAAUACAAUCAACUCGCAGACAAGUAUAACAAGGUCACCGGAGGCAAGGCCGACAAGAAGAAGGAUUAGAAUUCGUACGCGAGAAGCUUUGAAAGGUUACUGGAAGCAAUACCAGAAGGAUGUAUUUAUUUAAAAUCAUCGUCGGCUUUUUAGGUCACUUUGUAUAAAUCUGUAACCAAGAAGACGGUUAUGUUUGAAUGAUAUGUUCUAACAUC